CCGCACCCGCUAUCUUCCAGCGCAAGAUGGAGAGCCUGCUGCGAGGAAUACACGGCGUACAAGCGUAUCUCGAUGACGUCAUUGUCUCGGAGAGAAGAAAGGAAGACAGGAGCGUGCUCAAGCAGGAGCUGCAGCGUUUCAAGGAGAACGGAGUCAAGCUGCACAGAGGGAAGUGUAACUUCUGGCAGGACGAAGUCUGCUAUCUCGGGCACCGCAUCAACAAGGACGGCCUGCACCCUACGGAAAAGAACCUGGCGGCUAUAAUGGAAGCAAGGAGCCCGAAGAACGAAGUUGGAACUCACCGUAGCCCAGGGUUUGCUCUACUGGGGGCACCGGGUCGUCGUGCCACAGACAGCACGUGGAGCGAUGCUAAAAAUGCUGCACGAGACCCAUCAAGGAGCAUCGGCGAUGAAGGCGGUCGCGCGGACACUUCUUUGGUGGCCAGGGCUCGAUGGAACCCCGUAGCAAGCUGUGGCCCGGAGAUCCAGUUUGGGCCCGGAACUUCGGAGAAGGAGAAAGGUGGUUGCCAGGGACGGUAACUACAACGACCGGAGCAAGGAUGGUCUCAGUGGACACACCGUCGGGAGAAGUCCGACGUCACAUUGACCAGAUCCGUUUUCGAGAGCCGCUGGCACUCAAAGUACCAGGGACAGCGGCAAAGACAACGCAAGGCGCUCGACAAGAUGCAGUACAAGAUACAACACCUGCAGAACCAACCAUCAGCACCACCCAGCCGCCAGAGUUGCGAAGGUCAACCAGAGAAAGGAAGCCUGUA